GAUAAUCUUGAAUUCCGAUAAGAAUCUGUGUUCAAACAACUAGGGUAGUGGGUGAAUUUGUGCCAUCUCAAUGAGAACACAAUUUCAAUGAUGGAAAAAUCAGAAGAAAUCGAGAUAUACUUCCAAAUUGCUAAGAAAUUAACUCUCGAAGCUGGCAAGAUAUUGAAGACAGCAAUAGAAUCAGAGAAGAAGGUAAUGGCAAAAGGCAAUCAAGGUGAUAUCGUCACUGCUAGCGACCAGCAAAUUGAAAAGAUUUUGAUUACCGGACUUUCGUCUGAAUUUCCAGAGCACAAAUUCAUCGCUGAGGAGAGCACCGAGAAUGACCAACAAGUACUGACGAAUGCCCCCACAUGGAUCAUCGACCCGAUAGAUGGUACAGUAAACUUCGUCCACUCGUUCCCCCAGUGCUGCAUCUCAAUCGGUUUAACGAUAAAUAAAACACUGGAGGUGGGGAUAAUCUAUAAUCCAUGUAAUGAGGAGUUGUACACCGCAAAGAGGGGUCAGGGGGCGUUUUUGAAUGGCAAGCAGUUGAGAGUAUCUGACGUGAAAGAAUUAUCAACAGCUCUAAUGAUCAUCGAGCCUGGGGUCCUGAGACGAACGAGGGCUCACUUGGACAUCGCCAAAGGAAGAAUGGAGGUUCUUUGUUCCUCAGCUAGAGGAAUCAGAAAUGUGGGAUCGGCAGCUUUGGCAUUGGCAUACGUAGCUAGAGGAAUAAUAGACAUUUUCCACCUGGACUACAUGCAACCCUGGGACGUGGCAGCGGGAUUUUUAUUAGUAACCGAGGCAGGAGGUACUGUUAUCGACACAAAAGGAGGACCUCCUAACCUGCUGAAGCCCUUGAUAAUAGCUUCGGGUACCUCUGAACUUGCCCAGGAAGUUUCUCAACUAAUAAUUGAUACGGACUUGAAGAUACAAAGAAAACGGUUGAAGCGAACAUAAAUUACCCCAUGAUUUUUACAAUGUAGUAAUGACGUAUUACUGUAGAAUGACAAUCAGAAAAAAAAUGCUGAAAGUGUCCCGAGAGAAUGUGGAAUAAUCUGAAAUGCAUAUACGAUGGCGACUGAUCAAUAAUUUCAAAAAUCCCACGCCAUUCGUUUAUCAGAUUUGUGUAAAACGAAUAAAGAAU